CUGUGCAGAUGGGUCUGGUGAGUUUUUAGAUGCUUGGUUAAUGUUGGUAGAAAAGAUGGUGAACACACCAGCAGUAUUGGACUCUCCUCACACAUUACCAAACAAAUCAACAUCACCAUCAUUUGUGCCAUUUAGUCCUGUGCAGUUCCUUAUCAGAGUUCAUAAGUUAGCAUAUAAUGCUGUAAUGAACUUAUGGAAUCGCAAGCCCCUUAAGACUUAUGGAGGACGUAUGUCGGAAAGUAUGCUUGCAAUCUUGUGCCAUAUUCUACGUGGAGAGUCACGAGUUCGAGAAGAAUGCGAGAAAGAGAAAAACCCACAGGCCCAGCAAGCAGGCACCUCUGCUGAGUCUUCAGGCCUCCCAUUUGGUAUUCGCAGUAGUAGCCUGCCUACUGCUGCAGCUCUCCUUGGGUCUGGAGUCUUGGGUAGGGUAGGCAGGCGGGCUGAGCCAAACAGUGAUCAUAUCCAACAGGUGUGUUCACUAAGCAAAUAUUCA